AUCGUGACUCACGAACUUGCACGCGUACAUGUACUCUUCUCGCGCUGGAGCGUCCGCCGCGCUUAUAAUUCCGCACGAUCUAGACGGCGACGGUUAGUUGAAUUACCUCCAGUAUACCGUCGCUAGUACAAGCUCGCACUUACAGGCUGACGCGAGCUGAUGGACGACGCAGUAUAUGGCGGAUGCAAUUAAAUCGCAAUUAUACCGCCAUCCGCGUUCAGUAAAGAAUAUUCGUAAUAACUAAUCGACGAUCGCUGGACAAUGGGACCCUUCGAAAUCCUGUGCGGCCUCGCCGCCAUAAUUCUCACUCUUUAUUAUUUCUUCACGUCGACUUUCGACUUUUGGAAAUCACGCGGCGUUCGUGGUCCACGACCGAUACCGGGGCUGGGUAAUUUUAAAGACGUUAUGCUUAAUAAAACAUCCGUGGGCGAUUAUUUGGCAGAAAUGUAUAACACCUAUAAAGAUGAACCAAUGAUUGGGAUAUUUGCUAGAAAAACACCAGUUCUUAUUGUACAAGAUCUGGAUUUAAUUAAGGAUGUUCUUAUCAAAGAUUUCUCCGUAUUUGCUAACAGAGGAAUACCCACUUCCGAAAAGGCCGAUCCGCUGUCGCAACAUCUUUUCGCUUUGGAGCCGAAGAGGUGGCGACCGUUGAGAAUGAAUCUGUCACCUGUUUUUACAUCCGGUAAACUAAAAGAGAUGUUCUCUUUAAUAUCAGAAUGUGCUGAUAACCUUGUUCAAUACAUGGAAAAAGUAGUGAGCGAAAAUAAACCUGUCGAAUGCCGCGAGUUGACGGCCAAAUAUACGACCGACGUUAUCGGCAGCUGUGCCUUCGGUAUCGAGAUGAACGCUCUGUCGGACGAAGACAGUGAAUUUCGCACGAUGGGAAGAAAAGUAUUCAAUCCGACUUGGAUAAAUAUAUUACGAAUGAGAAUCAGACAAAUGUUUCCGUGGCUUUACGAAUUGUCCGCGUACGUCCUACCACAAACAGAAACCACCAAAUUCUUCAUACGCGUUAUCGUGGACACCAUGGAGUACAGAGAAACGAAUAAUAUCACUAGAAAUGAUUUCAUUGAUAUGUUGCGCGAAUUAAAAAAACAUCCAGAUAAAUUGGGCGACAUCGGUAUGUCAGAUAGUUUAUUAGCUUCUCAAGCGUUCGUAUUUUUCCUUGCUGGCUUUGAGACUUCGUCGACGACUAUUAGCAACGCGCUCUACGAGUUAGCAUUAAAUCAGAAAAUACAAGAUAAUCUGCGUAAAGAAAUAGAUGAGGUCCAUGCGAAACAUGGUAGAGACUUAACGUACGAUAAUAUUAAAAAAAUGGAUUACUUAGAUAAAGUUUUCAAAGAAACAUUACGAAAAUAUCCGCCGGGGACAAUGCUUAUGAGAGAAUCUACGUCGAGUUAUACUUUCGAUGGUACUAAAGUUAGUAUACCGAAAGGUCAAAAGGUAUGGAUUCCCGUUUACGCGAUUCAUCGAGAUCCGGAUAUUUAUCCAAAGCCAGAUGUCUUCGAUCCAGAAAGAUUUAAUGAGGAAGCUGUGCGAAGCAGACAUCCGAUGGCUUAUAUACCUUUCGGCGACGGGCCAAGGAAUUGCAUUGGAGCGCGUUUCGCUGUUUAUCAGAGUAAAGUUGGGCUCGUAAAGAUACUACGAAACUACAAAGUAGAAACUUGCGAGAAAACUCCAAUACCCUACGUAAACGAUCCUAAAGCAUUCAUAUUAGCGCCAAAAGGCGGACUACACUUGAAAAUAACUAAAAUUAAUCGACCUUAAUUUUUUCAAGUUUUUCUCCAACUCUUCACAGAAGCGUAAUAAAAAGCGUGAAAAAAUCUGUCAAUUAGAAUGAUAAGAGUCAUUCUGUAAUAUAUAGUAAUUAAUUUUUUUAAUGUUGUGCAUUUAUAUCUUAUGUAAAAUAGUUAAUAAUUAAGGGCGGCAGUAUGGUCUAGUGGUAGAGCGCCAGACUCGUAAUCUGAGGAACCAGGAAUGUAUACGUUUCGACUAUGUAUACUCACUUUGUCUUCUUCAGAGCAUAAUAAAAAAAAAAUGCAUUUAAAAAUAA